AUGAGUGGCAGUGUUUUCCCCUGUCUUCUUGCAUUGGUGAUACUGUUUGUUUCGCACCCUGUUUACGCACAGUCAUCAACGUCGAAGCAUAUAAUCACUUUUAACGGCACCGCAUGGGGCUCCGUGGUUCAGGGCAACUCCUCUGGACUUGGUGCAGCCCUUAUCACUGAUAUGGGAGUUCAACUGAAUCGAAGCUUUGCCUUUGAUACACCUAUAACUGUUGAUUCGCUGUCAACCUCUGGCGACCUGCAGGUUGGUGUUACGGUACAGCAAAAAGUGCUACCAACUGUAGCUGCACCGUGGCUGGAACAUAUAUGGACCCCGAGAGAAGUGAACUCAUUGUUGGAGCAGGGUGAGUUCGCCACCACGCUGGCAAUGUAUCCUGGACCGGAUGCCUCUUCCCUCGUAAGUGUUCGAAUUCCUGAAGCAGAGAAAGAACUAACCGAGUGUACCGGCGUUUGCAAAGGUAUGAUCGCCAUGGGAGGAAUCAUUGUUGGUCUGAUGAUAAUUCUAUUUAUCGUUGCUCUUUUGUAUGUGUGCUGCGGCUGUUGGGCUAACAAAACUCAAAAGGAUACUCAAAUUGAAGCUCAAAAUGAAACUCAAAAUAAACCCACCGAUAACAAUGUUUGA